AAUGUUUUGAUUUUAUAGCAUUAGACGAUUACCGGAUUAUCUAGAGUACCUCUUUUUAUGAACGCACAUUUACGCGACUAGUUUAGUAAAUUAAAUAUCUUGUGAAUAGAUUUGGCAUAACAGAAAGUCGUUUCGCAACGUGGCAACAUUUUCCUUUGCCGCCAAUUGUCGAAUUCGUACUUAAUUUAUUCCAACGUUAAUUUAUGUUGAUAAUUAAAUGGCUGAACCAUUCUUGACGCUUCCAGUAUUGGCUACACCGGCGUCAAACAUGCCGUUGAUAUACAGCGAAUCCGUCUGUGCACUAAUUUUUUCUCUGGCAGGAGGAGCCCUUCUACUGGUGCUGGGAUGUUGCUGCUUAGCGUAUUACAAAUUAUCUCAAAAGUAUGGGACGUGUGCGCCUGUUGAUCCUGCUGACCCGGAGUUUUUCGGUAUUUCUCACGCAAAUGGAUCCUCGCAUCGCAUGCUGUUUGAUUCCAACGUCCGUACUCGAGCUGCUGGAUAUCCACCGACGUAUUCUGCACUGGACAUUACGAAUGAAGCCGACAACAACAUAAAUUCUUUGCUGGCCAAUGGCCAUCCUCGCGGAGAGCCGAGCUCCUAUAUCGGUGUCAAUGGCAAUAUUGCCGACUGCCUUGACAGGAACUAUGAAAAGGAUGUAAAAUCCUUUCCCACACUUGGAAGUGAAUCUUGUGAACGACCUCCUCCCUAUUGUUUACUGCCGAUGUCUCCCACAAGCGUCGUUCAACCAAAUCCGUAUGUGUUUUCUGUACAGGAUCCCUCUCCGCCUCCCACAUAUUCCGCCGUCCCGCGUCAACUGCACGACAAGGAGGAAGAUAUUUUUACUUUUUUGGUAAAUCAUACGGAUUCUGCCAGGCAAAACAGUCCGCAGCACAGCCCACCGUGAUCUGCUUUAUAAAGAACUUCACUUGAUUUUUGAGAUGACGCUAUUUUAAUGACUUGUGCGUAAGAAGGGCAAGACCGAUCGAACAAUCGAAUUUUUUUUCGCUGUACAUAAAUGCUUUUAUUCGGCUAGUCAGCCAGUACACAAUGACAGCUGUUGUGCCAACAAACUGGCCGCUUCAAUCUGCAGAAACCAUAUGAAAGUGGAUAUCGUUGAUAUUUGAGAAGAACUGUUAUAUAUAUAGUUAAAUUGUGAAAACUGCAUAAACCAUUCUUUGAGAUUGUGUACAGAUACAUUGCAUUAUUUGUGUAAUGUACGUACGUUAUCUUAAUUUGCUUUUUUGGGCGCUCUACUUGAUUGUGUUACAGGCUUUGGUUUUGAUCCGGAUUUUUACUUUUUAUAAGAAAUAAAACACACAUG